CUGGUGCUUCACUUUCUACGUCAUGAACAUGUCAUUCCCAAUACAACAGCACUACAGAGUAGUCCAGGUCCUAGACAUCAAUGACUGCAUCCUUUCAACGUGAUCGUGACAGCACGAUGGAUCUCACAGUUCCUUAUGCUUGCUUUUUGCGAUCAAAGAUGUCUUCGUACAAUUAUACCACCCAUAUGGAUACCAGGCCAUGGAUUUGCACCCAUCUUAGGAGCCCUAAACAACUGACAAUCAGUACCUUGUGACGGAGCGGCAGCGUCAAAGUACUUCGUCUUCUAUGACUGCGCAUAUGCCGUGUGGUUCAUGCUCUGUACAUAAGCAUCCUGCCGGGUCGCUGAGUCAACUCGAGCGACUCACGGCCAGCAAGCCUAGCAUGUGCCUAGCAGAUGACGGGGGCAGCCAACACACAAGUAGAGGUGGAUUCUAACGCUUUGGG